UAUAUAUAUUUUUUUAUAACCUUAAAAAGUUUGUGAAUGGUGAGCGGUGCUUUGCUGAGUGGUAAAUAAAAUAAACAAAGCAAUAAUGAGUAUUAUUAACUUAACAAAUAAAUUGUUAAGCUUGAGAGUAAAUCCCAGCUGGUGUUUGACAAGACUAACCCGGUACGCGACAAAACAAGACUCCAAAGAACCAGAGCCAGAAAUUCCACGAAAUGAAUUACAAGGAUUGUUCAGCGCCCAGAACCAGAAGGACAACGGCAAACCCUACGACAAAAAGCCCUUCAAAAUAAGGCUCGAGGCCGGGAAAAGGUACGCCUGGUGUCUCUGCGGGCACAGCAAGAGUCAGCCCAUCUGCGACGGCACUCACAAAAAUAUUUUCCUUAAAAUAAAAUUGAAGCCCAUCUUUUUCGAAGUUAAAGAAAGUAAAGAGUACUGGCUAUGUAAUUGUAAGCAGACUUCCAACAGGCCCUUCUGCGAUGGGUCUCAUUUCCAUGAUGAUAUCCAGUCUAAGAGAUUUUAGUUUGUUUUUAUUGUAAAUAUUUUUACACUAUUAAAGUUGUACAGUGAAAUUUU